GCCCAAUUUCUACUUUACCCUCGACGACUAAUUUUACCUCUUAGUGACAGCGUGUUGAUCAAUUACAACAAUGGUCACUAAAACUUUAGGACCAUUCAGCCUUAGCCAUAGCAUUUUGUCGCCCAAGUUUGAAGCCCAACUACUUCCCUUCCCUACCUACACUCAGUCGUCAGUUCUCAGUCUCCGCUAUUAACACUCUGCAACAAUGAACUCCGCAGCAUUUCCUUCCCUCCAAUCUUCCUUCUCCCAAACUCCAAGCUUCCACUCAUCACAAUCAUCGCAGCCCGCCUUCUCCUUAUCGCUCCCUUCUUCUUCUUCUUCGCCAUCCACCUUCAGGACUCAAACCUCCCUUUACCUCCUCCCCAAUAACAACAACAAUGUCUUCCUCCAAAAACCUCGCGGCGCCUACAAAUUCCCCCCCAGAGGUAACCUAUCACGCGCCACCAGUAGAAUCAGCUGCUCUGCCGCCGACCCGGCUAAGAAACUCCGGUUGAUCCUAGACUCGCCCGGGACCCACCAAGGUCCCGCCUGUUUCGAUGCUCUGAGUGCUAAGCUCGUGGAGAAAGCUGGGUUCCCCUUCUGCUUUACCAGUGGGUUUUCGAUAUCAGCUGCUAGAUUGGGGAUGCCUGAUACUGGGUUCAUCUCGUAUGGAGAAAUGGUAGAUCAAGGGCAGCAAAUCACUCAAGCUGUUUCGAUUCCUGUGAUUGGAGAUGGUGAUAAUGGAUAUGGGAAUGCCAUGAAUGUUAAGAGGACGGUGAAAGGAUACAUUAGAGCCGGUUUUGCUGGAAUCAUUCUUGAAGACCAGGUGUCUCCAAAAGCUUGUGGUCAUACCCGUGGUAGGAAAGUGGUGUCAAGGGAAGAGGCAGUAAUGAGGAUAAAAGCAGCUGUGGAUGCCCGGCAAGAGUCAGGUUCGGACAUUGUGAUUGUUGCGCGGACCGAUUCUCGCCAAGCAGUGUCCUUUGAUGAAUCACUCUGGAGGUGUAGAGCUUUUGCUGAAGCUGGAGCGGAUGUCCUUUUCAUUGAUGCAUUGGCUUCAAGAGAAGAAAUGAGAGCCUUCUGUGAAAUAUCUCCCCUAGUUCCGAAAAUGGCCAAUAUGCUUGAAGGAGGUGGUAAAACUCCAAUACUCAACCCCUUGGAGCUGGAGGAAAUUGGCUACAAGGUUGUGGCAUAUCCGCUUUCCUUGAUUGGAGUCUCUAUUCAAGCAAUGCAGGAUGCUCUUUCUGCCAUUAAAGGAGGCAGGAUUCCUCCUCCUGGAAGUAUGCCAUCAUUCGAAGAAAUAAAGGAAACCUUAGGUUUCAAUGAUUACUAUGAAGAGGAGAAGCGGUAUGCUACCAGCAUUUCUAGGCAGACAGGUUCAUCAGCGAGCAGUAAUGUGUAUUCUAUGCAACGGAGUGCUCAAGAUGAUAGAGAACAAAGAAGUGAAAGUCCCCAAGAGCCUGUUGUGGAAGUGAUUACUCCUGAUGUGUACAAUAACUAUGGUGCAGAUGGUUCUAGAUCCUUUUCUGGAAUCUGGUCUCGGACAUUGAGAGUCAAGAUAACAGGCAGAGAUGAGUUCGAAAAACUUGACGUCAGAAUCCCCGCUGGGUUCUUAGAUGGGAUAACCAACAUAGUGCCUGCUCUGGGAGGUGUCAACAUCAAAGAACUGUUGGAUCAAGCGUCAGGGGAAGCAGGAGGCAAACUGCUGUUGGAUUUCAAUGACACAGCAGGAGACAGAAUUCAAGUCUUCCUAGAAUGAACUCUUAAUUCUGAGACGGCCUUUAUCGAAGCUACAGGGAAAGGCCUCUCCUUGCUACCAGGAAACUAUUGUGAGAACAAGGAUCCGACAGCGAAGCAGAGAUACAGAGGCAUCAAUGAAACGAAACCCAUGGUCGGGAUAAUAUGAAUUUAACCACAGCCUAGUUACCGUCUGAGGCAGACUUGUAAUCGUCUCGGAAGCUGAUCCAGAUGAUCAGAUUGUGAAUCUCGCGACAUGAAUGGUUGCUCACUGCUUUCACAAUAAAAUUUGUAGGGUUGCUAAACUGAAGGUACAGAAUUGAAGUUUCUAGGAACAAAUGAACGACUGUGCAUUGCCAUGAUGUUGUUGCAACAAAAUUAACUAGCGGUAAUUGCAGCGUUACUGAAUUUUGGAGAUGUACAUCAUACAAGAUCAGGUUGUAGGAUCGGCAAAUCAUCGUGUCCGAAACAAACCGAAGAGAGUGAUGGAGUAAUGGUUUCAGAGACCAGAAACCAAAAUAUCUAUUUAGCUACAAGGUUGG